CCAGGAUGGUUUAGUUGUAUGCAGAGUAGGGCGUGGAGAAGACGAAAUCUGCCUAAAACGGAUUAAAAGGAAACCAGGAAAAUUACAGAAGUUCAGAAUGGGGCACAAGGUCGUUGUAGCUGUCUGCACCCUGAAUCAAUGGGCCCUGGAUUUUACAGGAAAUCUAGAGAGAAUUCUAACAAGUAUAGAUUUAGCCAAGGAAGCUGGAGCUAAAUAUAGAACAGGCCCUGAGCUUGAAGUGUCUGGAUAUAGUUGUGAAGAUCAUUUCUAUGAAUCUGACACUCUUCUCCAUUGUUGGGAGGUUCUGGUUCAUCUUCUCUCCUCUCCCUCUACACGUGGUAUACUGGUGGAUGUUGGUAUGCCCGUGAUGCACCGUAACGUUACGUACAAUUCCCGUGUCGUCUUCUAUAACGGUCAGAUACUGAUGAUUCGUCCUAAAAUGGCAAUGGCGGAUGAUGGGAACUAUAGAGAGUCUAGAUGGUUUACAGCAUGGACAAAGCAAAGAACACUAGAGGAGUUUUCCCUGCCACGAAUGAUUACCAAAUUCAUAUUUAGAACACUAGAGGAGUUUUCCCUGCCAUGGGGGGUCUUAAGUGUUUGUUCCAUCAAAUAUUUUUUAGGGUUUGAGAUUUGUGAGGAACUCUGGAACCCCCAGUCUCCGCAUAUAGAUAUGGGUCUAGACGGAGUAGAGAUUAUUGUCAAUGGCUCCGGGAGCUAUAUGGAGCUAAGAAAAGCCCAUGUUGCUGUUGAACUUGUAAGGUCUGCUACUCUGAGAUCUGGAGGCUGUUAUAUGUACAGCAACCUCCGAGGCUGCGACGGUCAAAGAGUAUAUUUCAACGGUUGUUCCUGCAUUGCUGUCAACGGCAAAACUGUUGCUAGGACGGCACAGUACGGUAUAGAAGAGGUUGAGAUUGCAACAGCAGUAAUUGAUUUAGAGGAUAUUCGAACAUACAGAAACUUAAACAGGUGUAGAACGCUCCGAGGAGCUGCAGCUCCGAGAUAUCCCAGAGUUCAGGUUGAGCUAGCUCUCUCCUCCGGAGCAGAGGAUGAAUGUAUCUCCGUAUCUCCGUCCUUUAUCUGGGAGUAUCAUACACCUGAGGAGGAGAUAUCCCUAGGUCCGGCCUGCUGGCUCUGGGACUACCUGAGACGCUCCGGCCAAGGCGGGUUCUUCCUUCCUCUCUCCGGAGGAGUAGAUUCAUCUAGCACUGCUACCCUGGUCUACAGUAUGUGCAGGCUCGUCAUUCAAGCGGUAGAGCGCGGAGAUGAGACCGCUCUGGCCAACGUGCGCCGGAUUGCUGGAGAAAGCGAUUAUAUUCCUACUGACCCGUCCGAGCUCUGUAAUAGAGUGUUGGUGACCUGCUACAUGGGAAGCGAGAAUAGCAGUGAAGAAACAAAAACUCGUGCAAAGAAACUGGCAGCUCAGAUUGGUUCCUAUCAUCUUAGUAUCAGCAUUGAUAUGGCGGUCAAAGCAGUUCUGGGAAUAUUUUCAACAGUUACAGGAUUCUUUCCUAAAUUUAAGGUCCGAGGUGGGAGUGUGCGGGAGAACUUAGCUCUGCAGAAUGUUCAGGCAAGGAUAAGGAUGGUUCUCUCCUAUCUUUUUGCUCAGCUUAUGCUCUGGGUUCGGGAGAGACCCGGUGGUCUACUGGUUCUAGGUUCUGCUAACGUUGAUGAAGCUCUCAGGGGAUAUAUGACUAAAUAUGACUGUUCAUCUGCAGAUCUAAAUCCUAUCGGAGGAAUUUCAAAAACUGAUCUUAAAAUGUUUCUAAACUAUGCAGCGGACAGGUUCAAACUAACCUCUCUCUCAAGUAUCCUAACUGCUCCUCCUACAGCGGAACUAGAACCCUUACAGGACGGAAAGCUAGCCCAGACAGAUGAGCAGGAUAUGGGAAUGAGCUAUUCCGAACUCUCCGUGUACGGAAGGUUGCGGAAACCCGGAGCAUGUGGACCUUACUCCAUGUUCAUGAAACUAGUGCACGAGUGGGGGAAUGAGAGGAAUCUAACCCCGGAGGAAGUUUCUAAAAAAGUCAAGUUUUUCUUUACGAUGUAUUCUAUAAACCGGCACAAAAUGACAACAUUAACACCAAGCUAUCACGCCGAAGUUUAUUCUCCGGACGAUAAUAGGUUCGAUCAUCGUCCUUUCCUCUACAAUGUCCGCUGGACCUGGCAGUUCGGAGCAGUUGAUGAUGCUGUUCAGAGGUUGAACAAGGUUGGGUUUAUACCUGGUAGAAGCUCCAGUAGCAAGUAUACCAAGACUUAUACUCCUAGCUCCAGUGCUCUACGCGGACCUAGAGCCGAGGACGGGUUCAGUGGAGGAUCUAAUCUAGGUAUCCAAGUUAAACAGAUAGCGGUAGAGGACGUUGAGCUGGAUGGGUUCAAUAAGAAGAGAAGAAUUGAUAAGGAUGAGACAACCCAGAUUGAAUCUGUUGUAUCACUUUGAAAACAUUAAAAGAUUAAAAAGAUUAUAGAACACGUAAACACAAAGUAAUAAUAUAUAUAUGAUUUCAAAAUAA